GCAAUCACUGUAGGUUGAGCCGACUGAGGUCCAUAGAAAUUUGACAGCUUCACAGGUGAGACAACCGUCCAGAGGCUGUUUCACUUUACGUUUCAGUUUUUCCCCCCGGAGCACUAUUCACUGUGAGUCUGGGUUUGCUACAGUCAAAAAACAACCAUUCGAAGUCAAGCGAUUCCGGCAGCAUGAGCAAAAAGAAAAAGGACUGGAAGACUGAGAAAGAGAGACUGCUCCGUCUAGAUCGGGAGGAAAGACGAAAGGAGUAUCGCCGUCAAGAUUUUAUAUCUUUGGACAAGAUCCCAACCUUGCGAGAGGAAAACGGACCCAAUGACAAAGAGGAAGGGAGUGAGGUGCCAGGCGGAGGACUGAGAGACAAAGUAUCUCUCUACAAAGGAGAUAUUACGGUCCUGGAGCUGGAUGCCAUUGUCAAUGCCGCAAACUCCAGUCUUCUGGGAGGAGGAGGAGUGGACGGCUGCAUACACAAAGCGGCGGGGUCCUGUCUGUAUGAUGAGUGCCAUUCACUAAAUGGCUGUGAAACCGGCAAGGCCAAGAUCACCUGCGGCUAUGAUCUCCCUGCAAAAUAUGUGAUCCAUACCGUGGGCCCGGUGGCCAGAGGUCAUGUGGGCCCUACCGAGACCAGCGACCUCACCUCCUGCUAUCAGAGCUCUCUCAGGCUGAUGAAGGAACAUGACUUGACCACUGUGGCCUUCCCAUGUAUAUCCACAGGCAUCUAUGGCUUUCCGAAUGAGCCUGCAGCUGGUAUUGCUUUGAACACGGUGAAGAGCUGGAUCGAAGAGAAUCCAGAUAAGAUCACACGGGUCAUUUUCUGUGUCUUUCUCGAGACGGACUUUACCAUCUACCGUAAGAAAAUGUCUGAUAUCUUUCCAGACAAUGACAUGGAGGUUACGGCGGAGCAGCAGAAGGGAGACGACACACCCCCAUCUACUAAACCCACAACCCAGGAAGAAAGGGACGAGAGUAACAGGGGUAAGGAGGAAGAAGGUGACGAAGGCGAGGCUGACGAUGCUGCAGCAGGAGAUGAAGACGUGGACAUGGCGAGUCAAAACCCAGAUGAAAAUUCUGGAAAUGAGGAACCAAGUCAAGAAAAGGAUGAAGAUGAAAAUGAACAAGAGAAACAUGAAGAUAUAGGAAUUGGCAACAAGGAAGAGAAAGAGGAAGUCAAAGGCAUCGACAACAAGAAAGAGGAAGUCACAGCGGAGGAAGAGCCGCCCGCAGUGAAGGCCGACGAUGCAGCAAAGUUCACUGUGGAGAUGGAAGAUGUAUCUGAGAUCAGCCACACUGGCACCAGCAAUGGAGAAGAGAUGAAAGAUCCUGUCGAGCGCUCAGAAGAACCUGAUUCUAUUCUAACAGACAGCAUUCAGUCCAAAGACACCGUUGAGAAGAAAGAAUGACCAGCUGUGGGGAGGACAAUCAACCAAUUCUCACAGCCAGCAGAACUGUGCUAAGGCCAACCACACUGGUGUCAGACGGGCCCAUGUCAGAAUGGGCUCUGACAUGGGCCCAGGACAACCAGUUACUCACAAGAUGCUCACACCCCACCUUCAUUUAGCCUAUUCCCACUUUGUUCAGAAACUACCCACCCCCGAAGUAUGUAUAUGUAUGUGCAAAACCUUGCUAUAUGACUUGAGCAUAUCAACCAGAAUGAGAAGAGCCAUACCUCACCGUGUGUUGCAGAUACUGUACUUUGCCAGCAGGGUGCGAUGAGAUAAACCAGGUUCAAGUCUCUUAAUUUGACCUACUGUGGGAGCAUGUUAAAGCUGUGAGCCAAUCAUCCUUCUGUUUAACAGUGGAAUUACCUGACAACAGCCUGGCAUGUCUCCUCACACACUACUGUAGCUCCAUUGUUUCGUUGAAUCAGUAAAAACACUCUUGAUUCAGACCACAGUCUGCAAGGCGGUGUGUCGGUCCCCAGCCGCUUUAACGAGGAACAUCACUGAUUACAUCUGAUCUCUGCCUCUGCUGUAACUGCCGCUUAACUCGUUUUACUAAGAAACUGUUCAUCAAGGCCCAGGUACACUAAAGAGGAUAUUAGAACAAAUCAAUUGGUUCGUGUCCCCCUUUUACAGCCGUUAGAAAUGCAUGCCAGAUAAUUGCUUUGAACUUCAUCAACAUAAAUUACAGUCCUCUUCGCUUUGGCUUGUCUCCUUAUCAGAUUGUCUAUAACUAUAUUGAAGGAAUCUGCCUUAUUUCAUAUCAAACUACAAAAUCACCAUCACCAGAAAUGUGAGUUCUUGGCUUCGAUUGCUUGCAGAUGAUUUGUAAUUUUGAGUUCAACAUAAUAAUAGUAAUGACAGAUGCCUGUUGGUAAUGGGUUCUUGUUUUCUUCCUCAUUUGAUUUUUAAACAUGGUUUUGCUUUCUCUUAAAUGUUGUGAUUUCUGAAUUAUUUUCAUUGGUGCCAUACUAAAGAUCAGAUUAAUUAUAGUUCUAUGAAAUGAUGCCUUCAUACUUUGAUGUUUGCUUUGCGAAACUAUAACAGAAACAGCUAAUAAAACUUAAAGGUUGAA